AUGGCUGGGGAAAUCUGGGUUUCAUUUUAAUGGGGAGUAGCCUACCCCGGGCUCGCUCCACAACCUAUGGAUGUGCAGGACGGGGUUUCAGUUGGUUUUCAGCUUUGUGCGCGGAUGGCCGCAUGUUGGUUCACCUCUCCUCUCGGUGUCCCCCGACUCUUUUUUUAAAAACUAUGUGACAGGCUUUUUUUCCCCUCAUCUUUAAUAUUUCCAACGAGGCGAGUGCGAGAGACGAGACUUUUGCGUCCGGACAAGGCGAUUUCUGAGGGAAGACAACCUGAAGACUAAUUGGUGUGGAUCUCUCAGUCUCAAGGGACGUCAAUUUAAUACUCGGAAACUGCGGCGACAGUCACUUGACACUGGGGAAGAGCUCUGGUCAGUCUGAAGUGAAGGGUCGCUGAGCUCGGACACUCUUCUUCCACUGAUUCACAAUUACACACACAGACUGUCUGAGAAAGUCACACACACACACACACACACACACACACACACACACACACACACAGACACAUCUGCUCAUCGACACUUACAUGCACUUAUAGACACUUUGGUUUUACUCAUAAAAACUCAUACGUGCAAAAACAGACGCAAGUUCACAAGCAGGAUGAAGGAACCCUGGAGGUGCCUGUUGGGCCUCUACCUCCUGGCCUGCACAUUCUCCGCCCACAGUGCCACCAAUCCCUUUGCCGGGCAGCAGAACCCUCCAGACCCUUGCUACGACGACACAGGUGCAGCCCGCCGCUGUAUCCCCGAGUUUAUCAACGCUGCCUUUGGUAAAGAGGUGGCGGUGUCCAGUGUGUGCGGCCGGCCUUCGUCCCGCUCCUGUAGCGUUGUGGAGCGCGGGGACGAUCGACCCUCCGUGCGCUCGUGUCAAAUCUGCGACGCGGCUGACCCUCGCCGUGCCCACCCGGCCUCCUACCUCACCGACCUCAACUCAGCACACAACCUCACCUGCUGGCAGUCGGAGAAUCUGAACACCUCUCCGUACAAUGUGACUCUCACCCUUUCGUUGGGGAAAAAGUUUGAAAUCACCUACGUCAGCCUGCAGUUCUGUUCGCCACGGCCCGAGUCGCUGGCCAUAUACAAGAGCAUGGACUAUGGCAAGACCUGGAUGCCCUACCAGUACUACUCCUCUCAGUGCCGGCGUAUGUACAAUCGGCCCAACAAAGCAACCAUUACCAAGCAGAACGAGCAGGAGGCUCUAUGCACAGAUGGCCACACUGACCUCUAUCCUCUGUCUGGUGGACUGAUUGCUUUCAGCACUCUGGAUGGACGGCCCUCUGGUAAAGACUUUGACAACAGCCCGGUCCUCCAGGACUGGGUGACAGUCACCGAUAUCCGCGUGGUGUUCAACCGGCCCCAGCUUCCCCGGGAGCUGGCGCUGGGGGCUGGCAGCAACAGCGGAGGGAGGGACGAUGACCCCAUGGCAGUAACAUCGACACUGCCAACUUAUUUCUAUGCAGUGGGGGACUUCCAGGUGGGAGGGAGGUGUAAAUGCAACGGACACGCCUCACGUUGUCUAAAAGACAAGGAAGGCAAACUGGUGUGUGACUGCAAACACAACACGGAAGGGCCUGAAUGUGACCGCUGCAAACCCUUCCACUACGACCGGCCGUGGCAGAGGGCCAACGCCCGCGAGGCCAACGAGUGUCUGGCAUGCAACUGUAACCUUCACGCCCGUCGCUGUCGAUUCAACAUGGAGCUGUACAAGCUGUCGGGGAGGAAGAGCGGAGGAGUGUGCAUGAACUGCCGCCACAACACCGCGGGACGCCACUGCCACUACUGCAAGGAGGGCUUUUACAGAGACAUGGCCAGAACCAUAACUCACCGACGAGCAUGCAAAGCCUGUGACUGCCACCCUGUGGGCGCAGCAGGCAAGACGUGCAACCAGACCACUGGACAGUGCCCCUGCAAGGACGGCGUCACCGGCAUCACCUGCAACCGAUGCGCCAAGGGCUACCAGCAGAGUCGCUCACCUGUGGCCCCCUGCAUCAAAAUCCCAGUGGCCAACCCCACAGCUGUGGUGAGCAGCACAGAGGAACCAGCAGAUUGUGAGUCCUAUUGUAAACCAGUGAAGGGCAACCUGAAGAUCAAUAUGAAGAAAUAUUGCAAGAAAGAUUAUGCGGUCCAAGUGAACGUACUGGACAUGGAGACCAUUGGGGACUGGGCCAAGUUCUCCGUCAACGUGGUGUCUGUGUACAAGAGCCGCGGCGAGCCUCUGAAGCGAGGAGACAACAUCCUGUGGGUACACAUGAAGGACCUGGCCUGCAAAUGCCCCAAGAUCCAGAUGAGCAAGCGGUUCUUGGUGAUGGGCGGGAGCGACGGAGGAACGGGCACAGGGGCGGGUCCAGGGGUUGGCACCGGGGGCAGUGCUGCCAGCACAGGGGCGGAGCGAGUGGGCCUGAUGGCCGAUAAGAACAGCCUGGUGAUCCAGUGGAGGGACGUUUGGACGAGACGUCUGAGGAAGUUCCAGCGCAAAGAGAAGAAGGGGAAGUGCAGCAAAGCGUGAUGAGAGAGCAGCGUCCAUCCCUACCUCUUCCCCUCCCAUUGCCCACCUUCAUGGACCCUGACCAUCUCCCUCCCCUCCCCCAUCACAGGAACAAUGCGCAUUACAAAGACUGCAUGUACCCUCCCUGUUUUAAGGACUACAUUUGUGUAUAUUGUAUAAUUAUUUUCCUUUUUAUUUUUCAAGGUUUGUCUUUGUUAUGUCACUCGUCUUUUCGUCCAUUGGUUUGCCUUAAAAAGGGACCAUUAAAAAGGGUAUGAAGUGUAGUCAAAAGCAGACGCCAUUCCCUCCUCCAGCGACGACAGCGGUAAUGUCCACUCGUCCCCCAAACUACGAUCUCUCAACGAAGAUCUCUACGAACUCUCUCACAUCUUCUGUCGCCUUGUGUCAGUUCUCACACAUAAGACUCCACACUCACAUUUGCAUACUCCGGAGGAUUUUAUUGAACGGUUGAAGUUUGUCACUUCAGACACGGACUAAUAUCAGCGAAAACAUCGGCGGCCUCACGUUUCUUUGUUGAAACAAACUCGACUCGGAUCAUUACGAGCUGGUAUACCUGACAACUUUUCAACAUUUGCUGUUAGAAUGUUCAUAACAUGGGCUUUUACCGGCUCCAGGUGUCUGAUGUAACUUAUACGGUCUGUACCUACAUGAAAGAAACACUCUUGUCCCCUCGAGGAACCAAGGGCUCCCUUUAUAGGGACGUUUUCCACAGCAAACCUCAGUCACACCACCACUGCUGCUGCCACCGCACAGUCCUCACAAUAUAAACAUCAUGUAUUUGAUGCGACUGCUCAAAACAGAGUUUAUGUUCUUCGUGUGGCUAUUUGUUAUCACAUCCAUACCAGCCAUAUUUCUAUUUGAAAAUAGCUUGUUUCAUUUUUAAGCAGAGCAAAACUUGUUGGCAUGUGUGAGUCAGAAUCCAGGCCUCUAGAGCUGAGCAUCUAGUCCCUCUCAUGAGGGCUUUAUAAACUAAUGUAUCACCGACAUGAUUCAUUGCCUGUCACUUAUUUUCUGGAAGAACGAUUAAGCGGUGUGGACAAAUGGCUGGAAUUUCCGAACAAUACCAAUAUAUCAUUUCCGAGGAGACUUUUCGCUUUAUGGGUUGUGUCUUCCGCUGGGUAGUGGCCUCCCAGAUGUUGCUGUGUGGCCACUGUCAUUACUUUUGUCUUUACUUGUCUGAACAUUUCUUUUUUUUUCAUGUGUCUAGAGACUGGCAGGCUUUUGUUUGCCAAAAUAAGAGAUUGAAACGAGAGUUCCUUUUCAUGCAGUAAAACGAAAACAAAGUUGCAUAAACAACACAGUCGUGUUUUCCUCAAGCAUAUUUUGACAAAAUGAAUGAGGCUGGAAAAGUUUUUAGUGCUUGCUGAUUGUAUUAUGACAUGAGAAGGUCAUAUUUCAUUCCUCAUGUGCUUUGUUAUGUUUGCAUGUUUGCGGUUUUUUGCUGGUCCAUCAAAAACUUACAGUUAGCAGAGCAAGAACCAAACCGACAUGAGCAUCGAGAUCCAAAGGAAAACUUCCCUGGUCGUCUUCCCCCUCGACUUGCUUACCCAAACGAAGUCCCAGUCAUCCUUUACCAAAUAAGCAUAGUCCAUUUUUUAAUCCAAUUAGGAGGCCAUGAAAGUCGGGACUAAAAAAAAGAAAACCACAGAGACCCGUCUGGUGGCUCUUAAGCUUUCCUAUCUGCCUCUAAGGCACAUUUCAAUCUAUUUAAAUAGAGAACAAGAUAAACACACAGUUCUGAGGGGCACAUCAAACUAGCGUAGCAGUGAGUGUGCCGACAGGCAUGUCAUGCUAGCUAGUGGUUACGCUCCUUUGGUCGCGGCGGUAUGUUUGGUUUGUCACUCGUCCAGAAGUGUCCCUCCUCUGUGUCAGCCACCAUCCUCCCCGAACUCCCCGUUUAACCCAUUGUGCAUGUUUUGUAUUCAGCGUCUCAGAGAAAUGACAGCUCAGAAUGAGGCUGCCAGAUCUCCUCAAUGGUUAACUGUACUGCACUGUAGUUCAUGUUUUCACGUCUCAUGUGAAUGUACGUCAAACUGUGAAGAACUCACUCACUCACAAAAUGUAUGGUCUGAUUGUAUGUGUUCAUGAAAUAAUGUCGCCAAGCCUAAGAAUGUGGACACCAUGACAGUGGAUGAUGUCAUAAACUAUGAACAGUGUUUGAUUUUGCUCAAAUGAUUAUCUGUCUGUCUUAUGAUGACAUUUUAAAGAAGACAUUUUCUGCCCGUAUUCAGAUUCAUAAUUUGGGUUCUUACUUGAAAUGUUCAGAAAAAGCAUCACUUUCCUCACUUUCCUUGUCUCUGCAGGCUCAGUGUGAAACUCUUGGUUUUAGCUCCUAUUUCUUUAAGGCAUCUCUUCUGAUGGUGUGAUUGGUCAACCGCUUUCAGUACAUGUGGGAAAAAUGUCGCUUUACUUUGCCUUGCCAGGGGGUCUGCCAGAUUAUCUGCUAUGCAUGCAUUAUAGAGAUGUCGGGCAUCGUGACAUCAGAAUGAUGCAGAAGUAUCAGACCCCUGACAAGGCAUAACAGACAUUUGGUUUUCUUUCGUGUGGAGCUGCUCCCUUUACUUUUCAGACUUAUUACAUUUAUAUCACACUAGAGAAAAACUGAAAAAGCACAAUAUGUCUCCUUUAAUAUUCCAUUCCAAAAAACAACCUGUAACCAAAAUGACAUCAUCGUGAUUUCUGGUGUGUGACAAAAAAAAGGACAAAACUAGUAUCAAAGUUCUGACACGAUUCCCACCGAUGGAUUUGAACAAAAAUGCAGAACCAAAUUUUUGUGAUGGCUGUCCGCAGUGGCCUGUCGGACAGGUGGUGUCUCCUGGCCCCGGUAUGUGAGCAUGGCGUGACACACUAUGAUGGAUGGGAAAGUUAUGUGCCCGCGAGGCCUCUCUGGCCCUCGACUCCAUAAGCGCAUAACACGCUGUCCUUGAAUCUGGACUCUCUUUCACGAAAUCUGUCUUUACUUCCUAUUAGCUCGUCGUUUCCCUUCUCUCCAAUAACACUUUCUGAAUGGUGGACUUAAGAUAAGAGGUAAGAGUGAGCCAGAUGUUGGGGGGGGGGGGUGGAAGUGUAGUCUUGUGAAAGCUAUUUAGCGAGCCUCAUAGGGUGAGCCCUCUUGUUGUUUUACGUUAACAAGCCUGGCAGCUUGGCAGUGGAACUGAGGCCAUAACUGCUUUUCUUUGUUUCCCCCCCCCCCCUCUGUUGCAACAUUUAUGACAUUCACAGGUGUGUGUGUUUGAGUGUGUCUCUAAUUAACCAACCCAAGUAAACAAGUGAUGUGCACAUAAAGGUGCAGAGAGGCAGGAGAGCUCUCAUGAUAAAGGAUUAUUAUUGACAUUUUCCUGCUCUGAUUCAUAUUCUCUUUCCGUUUCACUACCAUCUACAUCCCCGCUCGUUUUAAUGCUUCUCGACAUGUUUUUAAAGUUGUAAAUAUGUGCUGAACUGCCUCUGCCAUUCAUGUUGUCUUUUUUGCAAGUGGUCACUCGGCCUGGGACGGCUCACGUGUAUGGAUGUACAAACCAGAUGAUGUUCUAUGGAUGUAGAAACCAGAAACAUAUGCUCUUGUGAUCACGUCCAGAAGAUGUGGUUCAGAUAUUACACAGAAUGUAUUCCCCUUUUGGUUUUAUGUUGUUUCCAGACAACAGCCGCCCAAACUGUAAAUGACUUUGAGAAGAUUCGAGGGGCGAACACAAAUGUGACAGGGGCUGAUCGGACCCUCUGCUUUUCCCAUAGAGGUGCAGACAUGAACUGACACAACAACCCAACACCCUCUGUUACUUUAAUGCCCGGGAAUAACGCUCCACUCACAGAGAGGGAUUGUCCCCUCAGCUCAGCUCAGCCCUGCUCUUCACUUCCUAUUAUAUCCGAGGCUUCCUUGUACAUUUUUCCUUUGAGGCAAUGAACCACUGACUUUUUAAUCUAAAUGGUAAAAAAAUAAAUUAUUAGUUAAUGA